CUGACCAAACCAUACGCAAUACCGAAGAAGACAUGUACACCCCCCCGCUGGUUUUUCACAAGUCUGGUAAGACAUGUGUGUUUUGGGAUGUGGAGGAUUAUCCAAUCCCAGAUGGCCUCGAUGCUGCUUCGAUUUACCAUAGUAUCAAAGGGGCUAUCAAGAACUAUGGCUGUGAUGAGGAGGUGUGCAUUCAGGCUUAUGUUGGUAAUAAUACCUUCUCGGAUGAAUUCCUACGUCAAUCUUCGGAUGCUGGAGUCAUAUUCGAAGUCUUUACACGAGGGGGUCAAUAUGAGAGACAUCGUUCCAUAUAUGGUGACGUUAUGUUGUGGACUCUGGAAAAUCCUACACCAUCAAAUGUGAUUGUAAUCGCAAAACUAUUCGACGACGACUUGGCUACUAGUAUUCGUUUUUUGAGUACGGUCUGGUAUUAUGGUGUUCUCAUAUCCCAAGCACCUAAGCCAGAAUGGGAAUUUCCUCUUGGGAGCGCACCCUCUUUCUUGGCAAGCAUAUUUGAUGGAGGAAACAUUAGCGGAAGCUAGCGGAUACUCUCUGGCUGUUACCGACGACUAACUCUUUUGCAAAUCUAUCUGUCCUCAAGGGAUGUUCUAUAUGUUAUUAUUGUCUUUGUGCUGAUAUCAAGCUUUUGGUUUAAACAUUUUUUUACA